AUGGAAAAGAGGGUCUCAGUAGUUCCGGAACCGCCCUAUCACGUUUUCUCGAAGAAGGAAAAGUGGACAUUGGUGAUCAUGAUUGGAGUUGCGGGGCUCUUCUCGGGUCUUUCUUCGAAUAUCUAUUUCCCGGCUCUUGAUGCGAUAGCACAGGUGAGAAAAUCUUCGAGCAGGAGCCUGUUCGACAUUCGCAUAUCUCCGUUGUUUUGGGGCUCACUAUCUGAUACCUUGGGACGAAGACCGAUAUACAUUUACUCGUUCUUGACGUAUAUCAUCGCCAAUAUAGGGCUCAGCUUUUCUCCGAAUUUUGCGUUGCUGUUGAUUUUUAGAGGGUUGCAAUCCGCAGGAAGUGCCUCGACUGUAAGCAUCGGAAACGGCGUUAUUCAGGACAUCACCCCACCCGCGGAGAGGGGGGGAUUCAUCAGUUUCUAUCAAGCUAUCCGAAACUUCAGCAUAGCCGUAGGCCCAGUCCUAGGAGGCCUGCUAGCCACUUUCUUUGGAUUCAGAUCCAUCUUUAUAUUCCUCCUAAUCCUUUCGUCACUGGUCACUAUCGCCAUCAUCAUCUUCCUCCCCGAGACACUGCGUAGCAUCGCUGGAAAUGGCUCUCUUCGCCUCGCGGGCAUUCACCAGCCACUUAUUCGCCGCUUCACGAAAGACCCACCAUAUAUCCGUGAUCGCGAUGACACAUAUUCGUCUCCUAAAGUGACACUGAAGACAUUUAUUGAGCCGCUGCUCCUCUUGAAGGAGAAAGAUAUCUUGCUGAGUCUGAUUUUCGGCGGGACGAUCUAUGCCAUAUGGAGCAUGGUAACUUCCAGUACUACGGGCCUUUUCAAACAAGUAUUCCAUCUCAACGAGCUCCAGCUCGGCCUCGCAUUUCUUCCAAACGGCCUAGGGACAAUUGUCGGUUCCACUAUCAUUGGAAACCUCAUGAACCAGGCGUAUCGCGCCGCCGAGGAAGACUAUCGAACUUCCCAUGGCCUCCCAGCUUCCUACAGCCUGCCCAAGAAGGCACUGCCAGCAGACUUCCCCAUCGAGCACGCCCGCCUCAAACACACAAAAUGGAUAACAGCCCUUUUUGUCAUCAGUACUUCUCUCUAUGGCUUCUCGCUGUCCGUCCCCGCUGUCACCUCCCUUCCUGGCUGGAUCGUGGUGCCCUUGCUCCUUCAAUUCUUCAUUGCCGCUACAUCAAACGCAGUUUUCGCAACAAAUCAGACCUUGGUGUCAGAUCUUUGUCCUGGCAAGGGUGCCUCGAGCACCGCAAUUAAUAACCUGGUCAGGUGUUCUAUGGCAGCUGUCGCUGUAGCGAUCGUCGAGCAGCUGAUUGCGGGUAUGGGGGCUGGUGGGGCCUUUUUGGUUCUUGGCUUGGUUACACUGGCCGUCGUGCCGCUGCUUGUGGUGCAGUGGUAUUGGGGUCCGACCUGGAGGAGGGAGAGGAUGGAGAGUAAGGCAAAGGGCGUCGGCGCCUAA